CCUAACAACACCCCCGCGCCGAACCGACAGUCUUCAAACACACAGAAGCUGCCUCGAGCUCUCCGACUGAGCGCAUCAGCUUCGACACCUGUUCACCAUGUCCCUUGAUCCGCCAACCUAUCUCGCGUCGCUGCAAAGCAAUAUCCGUCAACGGCCAAUCCCGUGGGAUGGCGCCGUCCGCGCAGGCACUCUGACGGAGGAGCAGCUAGCAAAGAUCCGGGCUGUCGACAAAGUUAAACGGGAUGUGCGCAGACAAGUCAUCGAGGCCAACCUGGAUGGAUACAAGACACUCUUUGCUGGCAAUAAUGGACAGAGGAGCGUACUGGAAUUGGCAUCCAAGCGACCAGACGUGUGCCAGUACCUCCUCGUCUUGCUCAGCGACUUGCUAGACGAUGUUCCCGCUCUGUCGAAAGCUUUUUUCCAGUCUGAAGAUUCUAAUCCCUACAAGAACAUCCUGCCGCUUCUUGCGCAUUCGACCAACACCGAAGACCCAAUUCCUCUUCUGACCUCUAUAGUUCUCGUCCGUCUCAUGGCUGGCUCCAGAGAUGAAUCUACAGCUACGGCAGAGAAGGCAUUGCCCAUGCUGUUUAGCUAUCUUGCUUCCCUAACCAAGAACUCGGAUGCCGGACUGCAGGAUAUUGGCGUCCAAGAGUACUCGCAACUUCUCUACAGCCGUGUCUGCAGGCAGCAAUUCUGGAAGCAACGCAGCGAGACGGUCGGGCCGCUGAUCGACAUUCUACGUGCUGCUGCUGGUAUUUCCGGCGGUGAUGCCUCAGCUAAUCUGUGGAGCGGGACUACCGCCCCCCCAAGGAGCGGUUUCGAGGCCUCAGUUGGUGGCGGAGUCGGUCUACAGCUCCUCUACCAUGUGCUUCUUGUCCUGUGGCAGUUGAGUUUCGAGGCUGCGGAUAUCGGUGAUGAUUUGAACAAUGAAUACGACAUUGUGCUGCUCUAUACCCACCUUCUCCGACUUUCGCCCAAGGAAAAGACGACGCGACUCGUCAUCGCAACGCUUUACAAUUUGCUGUCGAAUAAUCAGAACUCUCUCCUCCCUACCGCCGUGCUGGCUCGCCUCCCCCAGUUUCUGCAGAACCUUUCGAGCCGGCAGUUUACGGAUCCAGAUCUAGUUGAAGACCGAGACAAGCUGCGGGAACUUGUUGAAGAGUACACCAAGACCAAAACGACAUUUGACGAGUACGUCGCCGAAGUCAACUCGGGUCAUCUCAGAUGGUCACCUCCUCAUCGCAGCUCUGUCUUUUGGGCGGAAAACGCUCGCAAGAUUCUGGACUACGAAAAUGGCGAGAUUGUGCGCAAGCUGGCCGAAAUCAUGCAGCAACCUUGGGAGAACGACAAGGCGGUGCUGGCGAUUGCAUGUAACGACGUUGGCUGCUUAGUUCGCGAAGUACCCGAGAAGCGGAGCCAGCUGGAGAGAUAUGGUCUCAAAAGACGAAUCAUGGAGUUAAUGGGCGAAGCUGAUGAAAAUGUCCGGUGGGAGAGCCUGCGUGCUCUUGGUGGAUGGUUGCAGUACAGCUUUGACACCAAGUGAUGGACGGGCAUGUUUCAGGGGUUGAUUGAAUGGAUGCAUUGCAUGAGAGCUUUAUGCUUACUACGACUACCGCAUUCCUAUUAGUGCAAGAAUGGUUUCACGAUGCGUUCAAUGACCGAUGGUGGUUCGUCUGAACCAUACCCAGCCACAUAAAGUCGGGGUGGAAGUGAGCACGGCCAUCACGACGGUUACUAACUGUAACCUUGGGGUUGCUCCCAAUUCAACAUGGCCUGAAUUUGUCCAUGUCAUGAGAUCUCUCUCCAGUUUUCAUACUUGCGGUGUUUGAUGAGUAUUGUCACCAGAUAUACAACCAUCGAGUUCGUCAAUUGUCAAG